AUGGCGCCAGAGGGGGAAUUAAAGAAGCGCGUAGCCCGGAAGUUGACGAAGAAGAGAAAAGAGGGCUAUCAAGUCACCAUGGAGAUCCCAGAGCGCUUCAAGGACGGCGACGAUGCGGAUGAGGAUUGCACCGCUGUUCAUGGCGGUAACCCUUUGAUGAAUCAGUCGGUCUUUGGUAUGAUUGCAGCAGCUGGCUCGCAAGUCGACUUCAACGCCAGGUUCGAUGCACAAUCUAGCGAUGAGGAGGACGAGUCAGUGGAUCCAUCAUCUCAGAGCUCUGAACUGCAGGUAGACAAGACCCGGCAGGGGAAAUCAGGGAAGGAAUCAGCACAGCCAGAGAAACACAAACGGAAAUUCUCCGAGAAUAAACUCCUGCGGUCUCUUCCCCGGCUAGGGGCUAAAGCCAAAUCGAAUUCGAAGUCACCGCGGAGGCCAAGCUCUCCCGUACCUGGGUCUCCUUCCGAACCUCCCGCUAAAGAAGUCUCUCGCUCGCGGGCACUAUCAAAUCAUGCUCCGGUCAUGAGCCGAAUGCUGGAGGCAAGAGCAGAGUUAUCUAUGCGGCCAAGUUUUGAUCUGCCACGACAUACUCUGGGAGCUUCAGAUGGUGAGGAUGAAGGCGGAAAGGGGUCCAGCAGUCUUGCAAAGAGGCUUAUGGAGAUAUUUGGAUUUGAAACGCCCGAGGAUGUAAUAGAAGAAUACCCUUGUUGGCUACUGAAGAGUGUAUUACUUCAAGGUUACAUGUACAUUACGACCAAGCACAUUUGUUUUUAUGCAUAUUUACCGAAGAAAUCUACUGAAGUCGUCAAAUCCGGAUACCUUGCGAAGUCGGGUCGAAGAAAUCCCAAAUAUAAUCGAUACUGGUUUCGACUCAAGGGCGAUGUGCUGUCAUACUACUCGAAUCCAUCGGACCUAUAUUUCCCCGCAGGAAACAUCGAUUUGCGGUAUGGGAUUUCAGCGAACGUUGUGGACAAAGAUAAGGGGAAAGAUGCUACACAUUUUACAGUAGUAACUCAUCAACGGAAUUUCAAUUUCAAGGCAGACAGUGUUCCUAGCGCAAAGGAAUGGGUUAAGGCGUUGCAGAAAAUCAUAUUCCGCUCUCAUAAUGAUGGCGACAGUGUCAAAAUAUCACUUCCCAUCGAGAACAUUAUCGACAUAGAGGACAGUCAAAUCAUUGAUUUUGCAGACACUUGCAAGAUCCGAGUCAUCGAUAAUGAUGAGACCUACGCUAUUGAUGAGCCUGUUCAUCUUCGCUGGCUGACUAUCCUCGAGUACUUUUUCUCCUUCUUCAGCUUUGGCAAAGAAGCCUUGAAUGUGCUGCGAAUUCUUGUCGAGGACACUACCGCGCAGCAAAUCCCAGAGGAUUUAUUAGUACCUCCACCUGCGGCCGAUAGCAAAAGCAGUCCUAAAACAAGUACAUCUAAACGAAAUUCCUUGCAACUGCUUAGAGAGACUCGUAUUCCUCCGCCUCAUCUCUCACCGAUCCGCACGGACGGCCCUCUUCUAGAAGAGAACGUUCGCGCAACACUUUCACCGAUAUUGCAGGGAGCCGCUCAAAGCCCUCGGACUAGUACUGAAUUGAGUGGAACGAGUUCUGAUGCCUUCCGUCGAAGCAUGGAUUUGUCCAAAUUUGGGAGACGAAGUGUGGAUCUCAAUAGGUUGAAUUUCGAUGGUGCAGGGCGGCGCAGUAUGAGUGCCAGCAGGCGGAGCCUCAGCACAAACCGCCUCGGCGACAGACGCCACUCGGAAAAACAAGGCUCUUCCGACUCAUAUGUUCAUUCUUUAGAAGAACCUGGGUCGUCUAGUGCUUUACCAUCAGCAAGUGAGGAAACUCAAGCCUCGGCUAGUCAGAUAUUAAGAGGAAGUGAAGUUUUCCUAUCGCCGACUAUACAACGUUCUGCCUCAGCUUCCCGCCGUCAGACGCAAGCUGCUGCGAAUGACGAGACCUUAGCUGAUUCACCAACUCGUCUUCCGUCCCACAAAACCAGUAAUCUUCCGAACCUGCCUCCCCCACGACAUGCCAACACGACCGGUUCUAUGGAAGGAUCACAAUCUGGCGGCGGCGAACCGUCCGCAUCAACUCCAACUUUACAAAACCUCGUCAAAGCUGGGGCAUAUCCUUUACAACGAGCAGCCGGCUUCGCAGGUUAUCUUAACAAGCACUCCAAGCGCAUGAGUACCCUUUUGGCUACUGAAUCAAUGGGAUAUGUUGAAAAGGUAUCAGGAAUGUGGAAGGGGGGCAAGAAACACUACGAUGACCGGGAAGGCUUUGCACCCGGUGAGAUGUAUGAAGAUGGCGAGGAACAAGCUGCGAUUUCAGGAGACCGAUUCCGUGAUCAUUUUGCACUUCCCGAUACCGAAAGACUACAAGCUGCAUAUUUUGGAUAUCUGCAUCGAGUCUUACCCUUAUACGGCAAGAUAUACAUCAGUGAUAGGUCAUUUUGCUUUCGCAGCCUGCUGCCUGGAACUCGGACCAAGCUCAUUUUGCCUCUUAAGGAUGUAGAGAAUGUGGAUAAGGAGAAAGGAUUUCGGUUUGGAUACUCCGGAUUAGUUGUCGUCAUCAGAGGGCAUGAAGAGCUCUUUUUCGAAUUCAAUGAGGCAGAUGUUCGAGAUGACUGCGCUGUCACUCUUCUGCAGAAUCUGGAGGCGAUGCGAUACCUGAAGGAAUCCGGCAUACUGUCCAUGGAGGAGAAAGAGCACGCCGAGAAUGCAAGUGCGGAACACAAGGCUCUACAACAGGCCCGAUACGAUGAAAAGACUGAACACGAUAUAAAGCUGCCACACUCUGCAGAACUUGCACCAGGGGAAACACCGCCGAUACUUUUUGAUGACCCUCGAGCAUCGAUCUUGAACUUCAAGCCCACCGAACCUCUUCGAAUUACAUGCUUGACGAUCGGCUCGCGAGGAGAUGUUCAGCCAUACAUUGCGCUUUGCAAGGGUUUGAUUGCUGAAGGCCACAAACCUAAAAUAGCAACGCAUAUCGAGUUCAAGGACUGGGUAGAGGGUCAUGGGAUUGCUUUUGCACCGGUAGCUGGCGAUCCAGCCGAACUCAUGAAUUUAUGUGUGGAAUAUGGGAUGUUCACAUACUCAUUUUUGAGAGAAGCAUCGUCCAAGUUCCGCGGCUGGAUUGAUGGCUUGCUCUCUAGUUCAUGGCAGGCUUGCCAAGAUACUGACAUUUUGAUCGAGAGUCCGAGUGCGAUGGGUGGCAUUCACAUUGCGGAAGCUCUUAAGAUACCAUACUUCCGCGCCUUCUCCAUGCCAUGGACACGAACGCGAGCAUACCCCCACGCUUUUGCCGUACCUGAUCACAAAAUGGGUGGUGGUUACAACUACAUCACUUAUGUCAUGUUCGAUAAUAUUUUCUGGAAGUCAAUUGCAGGCCAAGUCAAUGCAUGGAGAAAGAAAGAGCUGAAUUUGCAGCCCACAAGCCUUGAGAAGUUGCAGCCUAACAAGGUGCCAUUUCUCUACAACUUCAGCCCUUCAGUCGUCAUACCUCCUCUCGACUAUAGCGAUUGGAUUCGAGUCACUGGAUAUUGGUUCCUUGACGAAGGGGCUAACUAUGAGCCUCCGAAAGAGUUGACGAAUUUUAUCAAGAAGGCUCGUGAUGAUGGCAAGAAAUUGGUGUAUAUUGGUUUUGGUUCAAUAGUCGUCGCAAAUUCUGCAGCCCUCACCGAAACAGUUGUCAAAUCUGUACUAAAGGCUGGAGUUAGAUGCAUUCUUUCCAAAGGAUGGUCGGAUCGUUUGGACAAGAAAGGUGCAACCGAUAUAGAGGUGCCUUUACCGCCAGAAAUAUUUUUGGUCAAAUCAGUGCCUCACGACUGGCUCUUCACCCAGAUUGAUGCGGCAGCUCAUCACGGUGGAGCAGGCACCACUGGUGCUAGUUUGAGGGCGGGUCUUCCCACUAUUGUCAAGCCAUUCUUUGGGGAUCAAUUCUUCUUUGGGAAUCGGGUUGAGGAUCUAGGCGUUGGCAUUGUUGUCAAGAAGGUCAACGUCAGUUCUUUCGCCCGCGCCCUGUGGUUGGCAACAAACGAUCAGAGAAUGAUAGUCAAAGCCAAGAUAUUGGGUGAAACAAUUAGAAGUGAGAACGGUGUGAACACAGCAAUACAGUCCAUAUACAGAGACCUCGAGUAUGCCAAAUCUCUUAUCAAGAACAGCGAUGGGAAGAUUCCCGACGAUACACUUGAGGACUCUGAGGAGAGUUGGACCUUCAUUGGGGACGAUAAUGAACCAGAUUUAAUGAGCAGAAUUCAUAACUGGGAAAACAUGGCUCAGUCCGGAAUGCUACGGAGUACGAUAUCGGGGUCUAGGGCGUCUGGGAAAUCGGAGACAGAUGACUUUGCUGACUUUGGUGCUGCAUGA